AUGGCCGAAACAGCUCCCGCGCCCGCGGCAACACCCGCUACUGUGCCUGCUGCGCCAGCCAACGCAGCCGCAGGGGCACCGAAUGCGCCGACUGAGCAGAAUGCUGCGAACAGAGGACUACCAUACUAUGAGAGGUUGCGGAGAGAAUUGAGGGAUACGAUCACGCGAAAGCGAUUGAUGGAUAAGAGCAUGGCCCAACUCGAAGACCAAAUUUCCCGUUUUGAACAAUCCUACCUCGAAGAGACAACGGCUGGAAACAUCAUAAGAGGCUUCGACAACUACAUCAAAGGCUCAGCAAAUGGCUCAAGUCUCGGCGCUUCCGGUCUGAGUCUUGGUUCAGGAGUUGGCGGGCGUCGCAAGGCUCAGGUCACAGAUUCAGAUCGAGUUUUCUCGCACAGCUCAGCAAGUUACAUGAUGGAUUCACCAGCUCCUUCGUCUGCGAUGACAACUCCCUCUCACGCUGCGACUCCUACGUCUGUUUCCGGUGGCAAUAUCUCCUCGAUGAAAAGUGCUGCUGAUAUUGCAGCAGCAGCUAAGGCUACGGCUGCAUUGAAGAAUAAAAAGAAGUCUGGUGGUUCGAAGAAUACCAAGGUUGAAGAUCUUUCCGAUGAGGAUAAACCUGCGAAGCGCUUGAAAAUUAGCUAUGGGAGGGACUGA